AUGUCAACGAGUCUCAAUUUCCGUAUUGCGGCUACCAUGUUCUCUUUCAUGAUUACUGGGCUUUUCAACGCAUCAAUCGGCGUCAUGCUUGCACCAAUGUCGCGCCACUACAGCCUAACUGAUCUGCAUGUCUCGUUCAUCUUCCUAUGUGGCCCGAUUGGCUAUGUACUGGCGUCACCAUCCAAUGCUUCAAUCCACACUCUGCUAGGUCAGCGCGGCAUUGCCCUUAUCGGCCCGCUCCUUCACACGCUGGCCGCUCUGGGAAUCGCGGCGCACCCUCCGUUUACCAUCGUAUUAGUUGCCUUUGUAGUAAACGCGAUGGGUAUCGGUCUGGUGGAUGGGAGUUGGUGCGCAUGGGCUGGUGGGCUCGAGAAGGCAAACGUCGUGAGCGGACUGCUCCAUGGAAGCUAUAGUGCAGGAGCUGCGAUUGGCCCAUUUGUUGCAGGUGUAUCACUCGGAAAAUUGGCGAUACCGUGGUGGGAUUGGUACUAUGUCCUUGCCGGAGCCUCGGUGCUAGAGUUGAUCAUCCUAGCUACUGCUUUCAGAUUCGAAAACGCAUCCAGAUAUCAUGCUUCGAAAAGCCACAUCACUCGUGAGCCAGGAAACACAUCUUGGAAGGAUAUCUUCAGGCAUCCAGGCACCUGGUUCUCCGCAACGUACUUCCUCACCUAUGUUGGGAUCGAAACGGCAAUCUCAGGUUGGGUUGUGUCGUUCAUGGUGCGCUCUCGCCAUGCCUCGACGUAUUUCGCCUCGCUAUCUUCUUCCGGCUUCUGGGCAGGCAUGGCUGUAGGACGGCUGACUCUCGGUCACAUCACAGACCGAAUUGGCGUGCGUCGUGCAGCGGCCAUGUACCUCCUUUGCGCCAUCGGGCUCUUACUCCUAUUCGCACUCAUCAGCUCCCCUGUCGUAUCUAUCAUUGUGAUGGCCUCCGCUGGAUUCGUUAUGGGGCCGCUGUUUCCAUCUGGUGUGGUCGUCUUGUCCGAAUUGUUGCCCUGGGAGCUGCACGUUGCUGCCGUUUCUUUUGUGGCAUCCGUCGGCCAAAUUGGCGGUGCUGCAUUACCUUUUGGGAUUGGCGCUGUCGUACAAGGGCUUGGAAUCGGUGUUUUCCGAUGGAUAAUUCUGAUCUUCUCGUGUAUUGCGCUCUCUAUGUGGAUCCUAUUUGCGCAACUGAAACCCAGAGACGUGGCAAGACAGAGGAUGGAUUGA